UCAGGAGGUACUGGGCUCAAUACAGUCAUCACUGGGGGCUACACCAAGGCAGUAACUCCUGAUGAAAAAAAGACAGAAACAUCUGUAAUUAACUUGGAGCGGAGACUUAAUAAAAGUGAAAGUUGAGGAUUAAGCUGCAGCUCAAAACAGUACUCUUGCCGACGAACAGUGGACACAGCUGAGGACCAAAGUCAACCAUGAAGAUCUUAAUGUGUCUACUUCCAUUUGCAACAAUGGUGGUUACUGCAACAAUUAGAGUGCAAAGAGAAAAAGGGAUAAGCAAUCUAAAUGAUACACUUGGCACAACCACUGAAAAUGCCAUUCCUGCAAAUACAACAGCAUACCCUACACCUGUGAAUGAGCAAGAGUCUAAAGGAUCAAACUCACUCACAGAAAGGUCUGAGGCUAAAUCUACAGGGAGUUAUGGCAGCAAUGGAUUUACAGAUGCAUUAAAAGGCCUUCAAAGUGAUGUGACCAAGAUUUCCAAAGCUGUGGAGAAAGAUGCAGCACCAUCAAGCGAGAAAACCAAUGUGGGGUCAGUAGAUCUGAGCAGCAUGCCGGUUCAGGGGAGGAGGGAACAAAGAGGGUCACUCUGGAAAGUGACGGUGGAGGCUCAGAAGGUUGAGAAUUUGUCAGGAAAACCAGUGUUUCGUUUGAGUAAAGACAGAGUGACUGGUAGUCUCCAAAGACAGGCAACACCAGGAAGGGUUCAUGGUUUAAAUGGGAUGCUGGCUCCAGGCCCAAGUAGAGAACUGCUGGAUCGGGAUAGUUUGGAGUACAACAAUGGUAGACCUGCUCCAAUGGGCAUCAGAGGGGAUCGAGACUAUGAUGAAACCAGAGAGUUUAUGAGCUCUGAAAUGUAUCCAAUAGUUCCUCUAGAGCAGAGCCCCAGUACGUUCGCUGGUCCAGCAAAGAUCAGAUCCACCAUAUGAUCAGAGAUUCUAUUUCUUCCUCAUAAUGAGUCAGGGGCCACCAUCUGUUGAGUCAUAGGCAUACUGGCUGCUUCCCAAUUCAGGGACUUUUUCAUCCAAAUAUAGAUGUUUACGUCUACGUUGUUGUGUGAUCAUUUGAACAACUCUUUUUUCCUUUUUUUUCUCUAAUAAAUAAAUGAAGACAUUUGAAAAAAUGUGUUAGAUUUACUAGAAACUGGUUAAAAUUGUGACAGUAUGAUAUUUGAGGUGAAGCUUGUGGUUUUAAAUUAAAAUCUAAAAUUAAAACUGAAUCUACAUGACCUAAACAUGUGCCGCUUUUAUCUCAUAGUCCGAUCUUUGUAUUUGUUAACUGUAAUGUGAAGAUGUGAAUAACAUCGUGUGAAAUAGAGAAUAAAAAUAACAAGAAAAUAA